ACGACACCAAAUCACAUCCACGAAAUUUCCCUUGCCCUUAAACAUCCUAUCUUCAGUGAAAUAAGGAGACAUGGGGGGCAAGUCAGCUACCAAGGCCGCUUACUUCGAGAAGCUGAAGAACCUGCUCGAUGAAUACAAGACUGUGUUCAUCGUCGGUGUCGACAAUGUCAGCUCUCAGCAGAUGCACGAGAUCCGUAUCGCCCUCCGUGGUGAGGGUGUUGUCCUGAUGGGCAAGAACACCAUGGUUCGUCGUGCUCUCAAGGGCUUCAUCAACGACAACCCCGAGUACGAGCGUCUGCUCCCUCACGUCAAGGGCAACGUUGGUUUCAUCUUCACCAACGGCGACCUCAAGGAGACCAAGGACAAGAUCCUCUCCAACCGUGUCGCUGCCCCUGCCCGUGCUGGUGCCGUUGCUCCCGCCGAUGUCUGGAUUCCUGCCGGUAACACUGGUAUGGAACCCGGUAAGACCUCUUUCUUCCAGGCUCUCGGUGUUCCCACCAAGAUCGCUCGUGGUACCAUUGAAAUUACCACCGAUCUCAAGCUCGUUGAGGAGGGCAACAAGGUUGGUCCUUCCGAGGCCACCCUGCUCAACAUGCUCAACAUCUCCCCCUUCACCUACGGUAUGACCAUCCAGCAGGUCUACCAGGAUGGCCAGACCUUCAGCGCUGCCGUUCUCGACAUUGAGGAGGAGCAGCUCCUCAAGGUCUUCAGCAGUGCCAUCAACACCAUCACCAGCAUCUCCCUUGCUGUCAACUACCCCACCCUUCCCUCCGUUAUCCACUCCGUUGUCAACAGCUACAAGAAGGUCUUGGCUGUUGCUGUUGAGACUGAGUACAGCUGGCCCGAGAUUGAGGAGCUCAAGGACCGUAUUGCCAACCCUGAGGCCUACGCUUCUGCUGCUCCCGCCGCCGCUGCUGGUGGUGCUGCUCCUGCUGCUGCCGCUGAGGCUGCUCCUGCUGAGGAGGCUGAGGAGUCCGAUGAGGACAUGGGCUUCGGUCUCUUCGACUAAACGUCUCGUGCCCCUGCACGAGAUACGACUGCCAUGUAUUAGAUACUCUUUAUGACCCAUCAUGAGGUUGGGUAAAUGAAAAAUGAUACUGGUGAUCAUUCACUUCUCUAGUAAGAUAUGAACGUAGUGACGUUUCAUGUCCUUACAGAGUUCUCAAGGUUCUUGCGCUGUAGGCAAUCUUCUGAUAGUGUCGGCUCCCGUAGAUUGUCGAGUCUAGACUUGCUCACUUGCUCAGAAUAGGUGUCUAUUUAGGGUUAUCGCAGCGACGGUCUAAGCCGUGAGUUGUCUUUAGGUUUCUACAAAAUGGAA